UCAGCGCGGGCUCAGUCCGAUGUGCGAUGGACGGUAGUUUGGUUGGGUAGUUGUUAUUGUCUACCGGUAAGAUAUCGGAAGUAAAAUGCACAGUGAAGAAGAACGCUACUACUCUGGUUCAGAAAAGCAUAGAUCUUCGAAGGAUGGCAAAAAGUUCCGAAUGAAUGACGGUGAUUGGGUUUGCCCCGAUCCUCAAUGUGCCAACGUCAAUUUUGCCCGAAGGACCAGUUGCAACCGUUGUGGAAAAGACAAAAUUGAGUUGCCUUCAAAACGUAAGCUUGGACACGAAAUUGGAAAAGCAGCUGCGGAAAAGAGUCGCGGCCUCUUCAGUGCAGACGACUGGCAAUGUGGAAGGUGCGGAAACGUCAACUGGGCGCGGCGCUCAACUUGCAACAUGUGCAACGCCCCAAAGUUUGGCGAAGUUGAAGAAAGAACAGGUCUGGGCGGCGGCUACAACGAACGCGAGAAUGUGGAGUACAUAGAACGGGAGGAAUCUGACGGAGAGUAUGACGACUUUGGCAGGCGGAAAAAGAAACAGCGCAGAGACUCGGAAGACUCGGGAGCAGAGUCUAGUUCAGUCGCCAAGCAACAGCAGCAGCAUUCGAAACCAGAUGAGGUGACUGUGCCUAAUGAAGAAGAUGAGGAGGAGGACGAAGAUGAAGAUGGGGAUCUAUCAAAGUACGACUUGAGUGGCUGGGGGGACGACGACGACGACGGAGGAGACAAGGCUGAAAAGCAGGGAGAACCCAAGAGUGGAGAAACUAAGUCAGAGUCGAGGAAGAGUCGCAGCAGCGACUCAUCUUCAUCCUCGUCCAGUCGGAGCUCGUCAGUGAGCCAUUCGUCGGAGAGGCGUCGUCGGCGGAGCAGCUCCUCAUCCUCCUCCUCUUCCUCGAGGUCCAGGUCCCGUUCGAGAGACAGGCAUCACCGGGAUGAGAACUCCAGGGACAGCAGCAGCAGGUCGAGCAGCGGAUCUUCGACGCGGAGGCGCUCAAGGUCCAGGGAAAGGUUUGCAAGGGGAAAAAACAAUGCAUGGGGCGUGUAGCUAGACUGCCUUGCUUUUGUGUGUUUUUGGGGCCAUAUUCUCCUCUCUUCUUUUUAUGCCUAUUGAAAAGUUAAUUUUGGCAACCAUAUGGAGGGUAAUAUUGCGAAUUUUUUUUAGGAAGUUCAAUUUAAAUCUCGAUUUUUUUAAGGCUCACUCUAGACCUUUUUUGAGUUUAAAAAGAAGGUAUUUAUUUUGUUUCGUAUUAUAAAUGAAUGUAGCUGAAGGACUCGACACACAAAUUGUAAACAUGUAUCUCGAGUAAUUUUUUUUUAAGAACCAGCAAGCCUCCGCAACUUUUGGUUAUGCAAAGAGCAAAUGACAUCCUGAUUCCCAUGCGAGCAUUUAUCUCCUGGCAACUGUACACCACCUUCUCUGGUAGGCAGGGUUUUCUGGUUUCGAGAGGGACGACAAUUUGAGCAACAUCGUGCCAUCAUGAUUAAAAUUAGAAGUUGACCUAAUAUAGAAUAUAUAAUUCCACAUUACAUCAUCCGCCAUGUUGAUUACAGUGUCAUGAAUUUGUUGAUCAGUGGACCUUUUUCACAUUCGCGCCGUAUCCUAGUGGCUCUCCAGCGAACCACCGUCUGCACGUGCCAAAACGAACCCACAAAGUCCCUACCCAUGUGUCCUUACUACCGUCAGCCCCGUCCAGCGGCAUGUCCUAGAUACGGAGAUAUCCUUGUCCGCCACCCCCAAGGUCAUCGACGCCGCGACGCAUACACAUGAGUGGUUGUGAAAAAGGCCCGUUGGUUUAGUUGAUUAGGAAAUAGUUUUGUUCGUCAAAGGACCUGAAUAUGGCAGGUGUGGCUCACGAGAAGAAAAAAAAAAAAAACGUAACAGAGCCAUAAAAUGCACAGUGGAUUCCCAUGUACUAGCUGCCGUUGUGCUUGGCAGCGUAAUUGUAGAAGAGUAAAUGUUAAGAGUAACAUUCAGCGUUGCUUCUUUUCUCAUUGCAGAGAUCGUGAUCGCAGGCACAACUGAUGCCGUCUGCAAACAAAGACCCAACACCCUUUUAUUUUGUGUUCUUGCCGCUUGUCCUAGAGCUAUGUUCCGUAGAGGAUCCCGCUAAGCCUCUAAGGCUUUCUCGAAGCUGCAGUACCGGGGAACAUGCACUUAUUUCUCCGACUCAUCCUGGGAGGGGCUUUAAUAGUGGAACAAAUAAACAGCAUUUGAUUGUUUCAUAAUUGUCAUGUUUUGAAGUGGUAGUGCAAGUUCGAGGGUACAGCACUGUAGACUACAACUGGAAUGUCUUUAGGUCAAAUGUGAGUUUGGGGCAAAUAAUAAAUAAAAAAAUACUAAAACAGG